ACACGACUACACACUAUGGUUGUAUCCAGGACUAAAGCUGCGACACUCGCAUAGAGUUGGAUUUAUUCGUUAGAUCAUUGUGCUUCAAAUUCUGUUUCAAUAUUGGAUUAGAUGGAUAUAAUGUUGGAAUUCAGUUAGUUUGUUAUAUUAUAUUUAUCUAAAUGUCGUGUACCAUCAGAAACUAAAUUGGUUGACAAGACACAUGUGUAGGCUAAAGAAUGACCUCUAGAUCGAGCCAAAGAUGGCUGGUUAAGGUUGACAAACUGUGGUUUUCAAAUUUCAUGGUGAUGCUUUUCUAAAGGAUUUUAUUUUGUGCUUUCUUUGGGAUUAUUUUGUGUGAUGUGAUUAUUCAGAAGUAAUUUGGGCCAGUGCUGGUAUUGGUGAAGCCGCUGCCUUGGAGUUUGCGCGACAAGGAUGUAAUCUUAUGCUGUGUGGCCGUGAUGAGCAGAGGCUGGAAGCAGUGGCUGCUAAAUGUCUGGAACUUGGGGGAAACAUUGUGGUGAAAACAAGUGUUGGUGAUAUAACUGAAGAAACAGUUCAAAAACAGAUAAUUGAGGAUACAUUAAAGGCAUUUGGUCAGAUUGAUAUACUUGUAAACAAUGCAGGUAUGAACAUCCUGCGUGAUCCGUUCACUGCAGGCAGGGAUGACUACAGUCAGAUUAUGCGCACAAAUUUGGAGAGUGUUUUUUUUCUAACUCAGCUGGCUCUACCUCAUCUUAUAAAAUCUAAGGGCAACAUUGUCAAUGUAUCAAGUAUAGCCAGUGAUAGACCUUUUUCAAAAGCAGUUGUUUAUUCCAUGUCUAAAGCAGCACUAGAUUCCUACACCAAGUCCUUAGCUAUGGAGUUAGCUCCCCAUGGUGUACGAGUAAAUUCAGUAAAUCCAGGUUCUGUAGUCAGCUUACUGUACAAGAGAGGAGAGGAGGCAUUUUCAGGGGAGAAAUAUGCUGAGUUCCAGAAGAAUCAGUCAUCUCCCAGCUUACAUCCCCUGGGUCGCAUGGUACUGGCAUCAGAAGUGGCUGACUCCAUUGUCUUUCUAGCAUCAGAGAGAGCUAGUUUUCUCACCGGCCAGAUCAUUUUUGUUGAUGGUGGCCGACAUGUGGCGGCAACUCAGCCUAAAGUAUAGUUGGCCAGCACCAGAAAUUUUGUUGUUGUGGCUAUGGUUUUCAUGUAACCAGAAGAGGUGUAGUGUUUGUUAUGCAAUUAAGGCUGUAAUUCUGAUAGGUCAUACACAGAACAUUAAUAUAAAAAAUAAAACCAG